CUGCCUUUCUCUGCUGCGCCUCUGCUGCGAAGAGCCAGAAGCCUCGCUGCCGGAGCUGAGCGAUGGAGCGUCGUCUCAGCGCUGCCCGCGCCGCCUGGUUCUGAGCUCCAGGCCCUGCCCAGACCCUCGCCCGCCCCAGCCCGUUUCCCUGGUGUAAAUCCCCAUCAAUGAGGUUCUUCCGUCUCACCUUCAAGUGCUUUGUGGAUUGCUUCUGAGACCGCGCCGAGAUCCCCUCCCAAGACCCGGAGCCAGCUUUCCCGACACCCGACACCCGUCUCAGCCUCCUGCCCCGCUAGCCCAGUGUGCCAAUGGCUCCAGUGCCCACCGAGACCUGCUCAGAGGGCAGUGGGUGCUCAGAGCUGGCUGAGGCAGAGGGUGCCGAGCUGACUGGUGGCACAGCAGAGUCCACCCAUGAAGGGAGAGCCAUCACUGCCCCUCUGGUGGUACCCAUGGGCCCCGGGAAGCUGCCCGUUCCUGAGCGGGAGACCUGGACCCGGCAGAUGGAUUUCAUCAUGUCCUGUGUUGGCUUUGCUGUGGGGCUGGGCAACGUCUGGCGCUUCCCAUACCUCUGCUACAAGAAUGGAGGAGGUGUGUUCCUGAUUCCGUAUCUACUAAUCGUCUUUGUCGGGGGGAUCCCCGUCUUCUUCCUGGAGGUGGCCCUGGGGCAGUUUAUGAAGCAAGGUGGGAUCUCUGCCUGGAAUAUCGCCCCACUCUUCAAAGGCCUGGGCCUGGCCUCUAUGGUCAUUGUCUUCUUCUGCAACUCUUACUACAUCAUGAUUCUCGUCUGGGCCCUUUUCUACCUGGUGCACUCGCUGACGGAAACCCUGCCCUGGGCCACCUGCGGCCACUCCUGGAACACCCCCCAGUGCACUGAGCUCUUUGGCCUGGGCGGCUGCAACAACGACAGCACCACAACCAACAGCACUGCCAGAAACUGCAGCAACCUGGCUGACCAGCGUUCGCCCAUCAUAGAGUUCUGGGAGAACAAGGUGCUGCGGAUUUCAGGGGAUCUGGCUGAACCAGGAGAGCUCAGCUGGCAGCUGAUCCUCUGCCUGCUCACGACUUGGGUCAUUGUCUAUUUCUGCAUCUGGAAGGGGGUCAAGUCAACUGGGAAGGUGGUCUAUUUCACUGCACUCUUCCCCUAUGUGGUUCUCAUCCUGCUGCUCUUGCAUGGCGUGACGUUGCCCGGUGCACUUGAUGGCAUCAUCUACUACCUGAAACCGGACUGGACCAAGCUUGCUGUCGCUCAGGUAUGGAUUGAUGCUGGUACCCAGAUCUUCUUCUCAUAUGCUAUCGGGCUGGGAGCCCUGACCGCACUUGGCAGCUACAACCGCUUCCACAACAACUGCUACAGGGAUGCCUACGUCUUGGCUGUGAUCAACAGCUCAACCAGCUUCUUUGCUGGCUUUGUGGUGUUUUCAGUCCUGGGCUUCAUGGCAUCGGAGCAGGGCGUGGACAUCUCCCAGGUGGCAGAGUCAGGUCCAGGCCUGGCCUUCAUUGCUUACCCCAAAGCUGUGACGCUCAUGCCGCUCUCCCCGCUCUGGGCGACACUUUUUUUCUUCAUGCUUCUGGUCCUGGGGCUGGACAGCCAGUUUGUGGGAGUGGAGGGUUUCAUCACUGGCAUCCUAGACCUGUUUCCGCAGCCAGCAGCAGGCUCCCCGCGCAGAGAGAUCACCGCUGCGAUUUGCUGCCUUGUCUGCUGUAUCAUUGACCUCUCCAUGGUGACUCAGGGCGGCAUGUACGUCUUUCAGCUGUUUGACAAUUAUUCGGCCAGCGGGAUCACGCUUCUGUGGCAGGCCUUCUGGGAGUGUGUGGUGAUUGCCUGGGUCUAUGGAGCUGAUCGCUUCAUGGACGAUGUUGCCCGUAUGAUUGGCUACCGACCGCUGCCCUACAUGAAGUGGUGCUGGUCUUUCAUCACCCCAGUGGUGUGUGUGGGCAUCUUCCUGUUCCAUGUGGUGAACUACCAACCACUGACUUACAACAAGACCUACAUCUACCCAUGGUGGGGUGAGGCUAUUGGCUGGGCUCUGGCCCUUUCCUCCAUGCUCUGCAUCCCCUGCACCGUCGCUUACAAACUUCUGCGAAGCAAGGGCUCCUUCCAACAGCGCUGGCAAUUGCUUACCACCCCCGUCUGGGGCCACCACCACCUGGAAUACAUGACACCCGAAGCGGAGACAAAACUACUGCCACCGCCAGACAGCCUUACUGCAGCCCCCCUGGAGAAGGCUACGCUUUUUGAGACUGUGAUUUGAUUUCUUGUACUCUCUUCCUCUAGCAAUAACACCGGACACAAAGGUCAGCUGUUUGUGGGUAGCAGG